UUUGCAAGAUGGAGGGUUUCAGUGGACGAGGCACCCUCUGCAGAUACAUUAAAUAAUACAUAAGAUAAUUAUGGACUCGAAACCUACAUUUUACGUUCGCUGGGGAACGCAGUAAGUAAGCUCUAGAAUGUGAGGUACAUGUAAACAGAGUCUAUUCAUGAAAACAAUAGGCCUAUAAUAUGCGUCUUUCACAAAUGUUUAUGUUUGCUUUGGGGUUUUAUGUUGGUCUGAUGGUCUUCACGUUCUUCUCGGCUGUACCGCACAAUCUAAAUCCAUCAAAGAGGAACCGGAAUUAUGAGGAAUAUGUGUUGAAUCGAAACUCUGAAGACAGGCUUUUCAAACGGAUGUCAGAUGACAGCCACUACGUGGCGCCACUAGCCGAUAGGGUGGAUUUCAAUGACGAGCAACACCAUGACGAUGAUGACACAGUAGCCAGAGAACUCUAUCAAAAAGUUCGUGUAUUAUGCUGGGUGAAAACAUCCACGGGGGACAUGGACACUAAAAUCAGGGUGGCUAGGGAUACGUGGGGGAAAAGAUGUAACGUGUUCCUUAUCCUUAAUGUCGCUGACGUCAACGGAACGAUGUCUGUGUCUGUCAUUGACGUCAUUAAACCAGGCAGGAAUCGUAUUCCAGAGACAAAGGGGAUACACGGUGAUCGUGUCUUUAAGAGGAGGUUAGCAGGAACACUAGACAAUGAUUCUUCUGUUCGUAUGAAUCAAAUGGAAUAUAAAUUAAAACUGCUUAACCCUGCUGUAGCUGUUAAAGGUGAUAGUGGAAACACUAUAAUGGACAGAAAACAAAAUGGUUAUUCAAAUGUACAAAAGAAAAACCGAAACACUGGCCAAGUAGAGCGAAGGCAUCGAUAUGAUGGUCAGAAGGGCAAACCAGAAGGGGUAGCUGUCAGUGUGUCAGAAAAAGGAGGACAACUGGUCCCCAAACUAUACCAUGCGUAUGCUUUCAUCUAUAAGAACUAUUUCAAAGAUGCCGACUGGUUUAUCAACACUGAUGACGACACUUACGUCAUCGUAGAAAACCUACGUCACUUCCUGUCAUCCAAAAACUCUAGUCACCCUGUGUAUUUUGGGUACCAUUCGAAAGCGUUUUUAGAACAGGGAUAUUUCAGCGGAGAAGGUGGUUAUGUUUUUAGCAAGGAAACGUUGCGCAGGCUGGUAAUAAUUGGCGGGAAACAACAACAAAGUUGCCACCAGAAUGGCGGAGAAAUGGAGUUUGAAAUGUGCCUCUCACAGUUAGGUGUCUACUCCGGCGACUCUAGGGAUGAGUUAGGCAGAACCAGGUUCCACUACUUCCCGCCCCACAUGCAUUUUAGCGGGAUUUAUCCUGCGUGGUACAGAAAGCUCAGCCGGGAAAAACAGAGAAAAGGAAUCGAUUCAAUUAGCGACCAUGCUGUCAGUUUCAAUACCAUGAGUCCAAACAACAUGUGGGCAAUGGAAUACUACCUAUAUCACCUUAGGCCAUAUGGAAUAGUGGCUUUAUUCAAAAGAGAAUAAAGUGCAGACAUAACAGACAUUAAUUUCACUGUCAGAUCAAGGAUGUUGCUAAGCGGAGGGCACAGAGGACUAAAAUUUGUCUAGGGUUGCUAAGAAUUAGUCAGUGAACGAGGAAAGUAGACGAUGAUAUGAAUAUAUAGUGUAUAGAAAAAACGACAGUUUUCUUCUGUCGUUUCGAUUGUU